AUGUCUGCGAGUGAUUUCAAGCCUGAAACAUGGACUUCGAAUGCCAACGAAGCUUUAAAAAUUUCUAUAGUUGGUGAAAACGCGAUUCAAUUUUUGCCAUUAUUCACGUAUCCAAUCUAUGGCGAUUCUGAAAAGAUUUAUGGCUACAAGGAUCUUGUAAUCCACCUUGCAUUUGAUUCGAUAGCAUUCAAACCAUAUGUCAAUGUCAAAUACUCGUCAAAACUAAAUGAUAGCGAUGUUAGUAAUGUGGAGGAAAAACUGCUCUCGUUUUUACCAAAGGAUGACGUGAUUGUCAAAGAUGAAGCUAAAUGGGUGGAUUGUUUUACGGAAGAGCAAACAAAUUAUAACCUACCAGAAAGUUUUUGUAAAGUGUCUGAGUAUUCACUAAAUGGGGAAGAAUUUACUGUAUAUAAAACAAAUUUGCUUGACGAUUUUGCAAAGAGGAUGCAUCGUCGUGUUCAAAUCUUUUCAAUUCUAUUUAUUGAGGCAGCCAACUACAUAGAUGAGAACGAUCCAAACUGGGAGAUCUUUUGGCUUUUGAACAAGAAAACAAAACAAUUAGUUGGAUUUGUUACUACCUACAAAUAUUGGCAUUACCUGGGUGCACAAUCUUUUGAUGAAAGUGUUGACGACAAAUUCAGAGCUAAAAUAUCUCAAUUCCUCAUUUUCCCUCCCUAUCAGAAUAAAGGACACGGCUCCUGUCUUUAUGAAGCCAUAGUUCAAUCUUGGUUGAGUGACAGAAGCAUCACUGAAAUCACUGUCGAGGAUCCUAAUGAAGCGUUCGACGAUCUUCGCGAUAGAAAUGACCUCCAAAGACUACGAAAACUAGGUUUUGUUGCCGCUUUACGAGAGCACUCGGAACACGCGUUUUUAGAAUCAAAUAGAAGGUCUUUCAAACUGGAAGAAAGGCAGUUCAAUCGACUUGUAGAAAUGAUUCUUCUUUCCAACAAGUCUCCAUCAUUUGAGAUGAAAGUGAAGAAACGACUUUUUAUCAAAAAUUAUGAUGCUCUCAGUGGCACAGAACCAGAAGAAGCAAAGGAAGCCCUGAUGAACUCAUUUGUUCUGGUGAAAGAUGAUUAUAUGCGUAUUAUAAAAUCAGUCGAAGAUUUCAAAGCCUAG